AUGAGCCGCCCAAACGCGUCCCGCGACGCCAUCGCCGGGCCAGACACCGUCCAACCGCCGUUCCCCCUCAAGCUGCGUGGGCCCGUCAUCAAAGGCUUCGGGCGCGGCUCCAAAGACCUCGGCAUCCCUACGGCCAACAUCCCGCUCACGGGCCUCAGCAUCGGCGGGCACGACGACCUCGAAUCGGGCAUCUACUACGGCUACGCAUCGCUCGACCAUAGCACGAUACCCGCCCUGACCACCGAGCGGAGCGUGCCGAGCGCAACAGGCGACACGGCGAUACCAGAGCGAAGUUCCAACCACGCAGUAGCUGACCUGGAGACGCCCGCCACCGCACCCCCAAGCCGCCCCAUCACUCCAGGCAGGCUCAAGGAAGCGAAGGUCUACCCGACGGUCCUGAGCAUAGGCUACAACCCGUACUACAAGAACUCGCAGCGCAGCAUCGAGAUACACAUCCUGCACUCGUUUGCCCAAGACUUCUAUGGCGCCACCCUGUCACUCAUCAUCCUGGGCCACAUCCGUCCAGAAUACGACUACGUGUCCAAGGAAGCCCUGGUCGAGGACAUUAGAGAGGACAUUCGUGUCGCGCAGCGGAGCCUGGCGCGGCCCGCCUACGAACAGUGGCAGCAAGAUAAAUGGUUGUCUGGGGAAAAGCAGACGGGAGAGGCUGAGGGCCAGAGCGGAAUGCUGGCCAAGAGCGACAUGAUUCCCUGA